CUGAGAACUAUUUUUUUACCUGCAGAGCUUUCUGACUCCUUCUUGCAAAUAGCGAAAAACAAUACCUUGAAUAAGCUUGAGACAUGUGGAAUAUUAGUUGGAAAGUUGAACAGAAAUGCAUUUUUUAUCACACACUUGUUAAUACCAGAACAGGAUUCAACCUCUGAAACGUGUUCAACUAAAAACGAGGAAAGGAUGUUUGAAUACAUAGAUAAUGAGGACCCUGACCUUUUCAUAUUGGGCUGGAUUCAUACACAUCCUACGCAAUCGUGCUUUCUAUCAUCGAUUGAUUUACACACGCAAAACUCUUACCAAAUCAUGCUCAAUGAGGCCAUAGCCAUUGUAUGCUCGCCAAGUGACCAAUUUCCCAAGAAGCUUGGGGUUUUUAGGCUUACCGAUCCUCCAGGGAUCCCGACCAUCACCAAUUGCAGCAAAACAGGAUUCCAUCCACACCACGAACCCAACCUGUAUACGGACUGUAAUAGG